AUGGGAAUGAUGGCACAACAGCUCCUAGGUUUCUUCCUGGGUCUCCUGGGCCUUUUCGGCACUCUGACAUCAACAGUGCUUCCUCACUGGCGCCAAACAGCUUAUUUUAGCACCAAUUUUAUGACUGCUUCAUACUAUAUGAAAGGUCUAUGGAUGGAAUGUGCUAGCCACACAGCUGGCAUUUAUCAAUGUGAGUUCCACCGAUCAAUGCUUUCUCUGCCCAAAGAUCUACUAGCUGCCCGGAUUUUAAUGGUGCUCUCCUGCACCACCUCAAUUUUGGCUGCCAUAGUUUCAGCUGUGGGCAUGAAAUGUACCCGAUGUGCCAACCAAUCCCAUGCCAAGGGAUCCAUAGCUGUGAGUGGAGGUUCAUGCUUUAUCCUGGCUGGCCUUUUCUGCCUUAUCACUACAUCCUGGACAACCUGUGAUAUCAUCAGAGAUGCAUACGAUCCCUUUUCUACUGCUGGGAUGAAAUAUGAGCUUGGCCUGGCUGUGUACAUCUCCUUCUCAUCAGCUAUUUUCAGUAUUUGUGGAGGUGGGAUGCUUUGUGUAGCAUCAUGGGAUGUAAGAAACUAUGUAAGCCACAAGGUGGCAGACCCACAGGUACCAGACCCAAAUAAACUACAGCAUAUCCCAGUCUGUCAAGCAAACACUGCCUUUGAAAGUGAUCACUCAUCACCAACUUUUUCCUCCAUCAGUGGAUAUAGGUUAAGUGAUAGUAUUAGCGAAAGUAGUAUUAAAAAAUAA